AUGGAUCCUUUGUCUUUGACUGCCAACAUCGGAGCUGUCAUCGGACUCCUAGAUGCGGUAUGCCGCCUGGGGAAAGAGACGUACCGAGUGGUCUCGGCAAUCAAACAUGCGCCCGAGGAAGUCAAGCGGCUGAGUCUGGAGCUAGAAGAAAUUGACUUCCUCCUUCUUAACAUUCACCAAUACUGCAAAAGGCACCAGCGGCAACACCCGAUUAUGGUUUCCGAAUCGAACUCAGCGAUCACCCAUCUCUUUAAACUUCUCCAGAAGUUGCAGCUGGAGUACGAGGCUACAACAGGCAUUGUGGAAAGAAACACGGAUGGACCUCAUGCUGGGAAGAGACAACGCAUAAGGUCUAUGGGUAACAGGGUGAAGCUCGUGCUAGCGGGGGAGUUGAAAGCUACGUUCAAGACCCUUUCGAGAUACAAGGCUCAGCUGAGCAUUAAUCUUCAAGUACUUGCGGGCUUCAAUGACCUUGCCGUGCAUGACUCUAUUCAGGAGUUGAGCCACGCUCUUUCGCCCAUAAAACUUGGUACAAAGAAGAAAAGCGCGGGUGUCAGAGAAGACCAAUAUCUCCUCUCCGAGAAAGGUUGUCCCCAAGAUUACCACCGACCACCAAAGCAUGCUCAGCAUGAGGAUUCUACCAGCCUCAGACCUCCUUCGGGUUGGGCAUUACACGAGGGGAGCCUAGACCGGGCGACCCUGCCAUUGAUGCUUUUGAAACCAAAGAUACAGGAAGCACUAAGUCUUCUAACAUUGUAUAAACCGGGGCAAGCACAAUUGUCCAAUCAGGACACCGACUGGAUUCAAAAUGAGCUGGAGGACUUGCUUGUCAUCUGUCAUGAAACGGCCGCCGUUGCACUGAAGAAGCCAAACGGCACAGUCAAAUCCGGUGCAUUGCAUACCACGUCAACUAAGGAGCAUCGGAAGACUUUUUCACGGUAUAGAGCUGAAAAGGCGCACCAAGUAGGGAAAACUAAUCAGAUAGCUACCACCAAGUUUCUUGCUCGGGAGUCUCCGGCAGGUAAUGUUUCGGUCCGGAUCCAGUGCAUCGAAGAUCCCGAUUCCGGGAACACAGCGGUGUCUGACAUUAUGCUCCUACUCACACCUAAUCCAGCCAUUCAUACAAAUGGCUUUGUUAUCUCGUUAGCACGUCUGAAUCAGAAGCUCCAACAGCCCCCGAUUCGUCGGUCUAUCUCGAUGUAUACCGUCGUCGAGCCAGGUUCCCCAAUCUUUGAAUGUGUUCAAUCAAAUGAUAUCAGCCAUCUGCGGCAGCUGCUCGGGAGUAGGCAGGUAGCCCCCGACAUACGUAAUACAGAAAAUGAGAGCUUGCUAUCGGUUGCUGCUCGACAUUUACGGCUAGAAAUGUGUGAGCUCCUGAUCAAUGAAGGAGCAGAUCCUAGUUACUGUUGCUGGGAUGGGACCAAUGCAAUAUACGCCGUUCGUAAUGCUUUCUGGUACCGAGCCAUGGCUUACAACGUGCCAAAGUCUAUCCUCAACCAGCUACUCAGGCUUUUUGUCCGAGCAGGCUGUGACAUCAACUCUGUCGCUCUUGGUGGAAACCCUCUGCAUUUUACUGUCAGCAAUACUUUGCCCGGAUCAGCAAUCAUUGACGAAGAGGAGAUUUCAUGUUUGGUCAAUCUUUUAGUCUGCUUGGGUUGCGAUAUCGAGCAUGAGAACAGUGACGGCCUCACUCCCCUGCUAUACAAUGCCUGUAUUCCUGGGUUGAAUGGCGUUACAGUCCUGAAGGAACUUCUCCAAUGGGGAGCAAAUCCACACGCAAAGACGCAUUUGGGUGAGGGGCCGUUACAUCUCGCAAUUGCCUAUUCGAUCCCAGGAAACGUGCAUGGCGAUCUGGGACUUCGCUGCCUACAAGCACGUCUUGCCCUUCUACUUAAAGCUGGCUGUGACCCAAAUCUCCGGGACCAAAACGGGCAUACUGUCUCCGACUUUGCACUGAGUAGCCCUAGAACAUGGUUUCAAUGGUGCCUAGCGAUGGAAAAGAACCAGGGCUUACCGAUCGAGGAUAUUAUAAGGAAAGAGGAUAGUUCUGCAGGCUAUGACUCAGCGCUAUCAAAUCGUGAUGGCUCAUCUGACGAUUACGAUAGUAAUGAGGGCCUAGAUUCUGAUUGGGAAUCGUGCAGUGACAGUGACAAUGAUAGUGAUGAGAUUGACUCUUCCCACAAUCCCCCACUCAAUGUUUGCUCUGAUUACAACCAUCCAUUCCUCUCUUGGGGUGGUUUCUUUCCCUGGAGUAUCCCUCCAUCAUGCUGGGAUUGCAGUCUACCUGUUCAGCUGCAAGACAUUGCCGGAAAGAAGUGGCAGGCACUGGACAUUUUCCAAACUCUAAGAUCAUAG